GAUAUGCUGCGCGUGUUAUUUGAUGUUCCUCUUCGUGAGUACCUUCGUUACCGACAGAUUAGACACUUUUUUAAUUCACACUUUGGCCUUAUGCCAUCUUCUCCGAUUUCCUUUUUUGAACGUAUCAGCCGUGACUCUCCCAGGGGUAGGGGUCUUAUUUCUGAUCUUUAUCACCAAUUUUUGAUCUGCCUUUUUCAUACACCCCCUUUAUACAGAAAAAAUGGGAGGAGGAUAGUUGUAUCACUUUUUCAGAUGAGGAUUGGGAUUCCAUGGUGGAUAACAUAUGCAAGAGUUAUAGAUCUCUUUCUGUUCGUGAGAUGGCCCUUAAGGUUUUAACCAGACGGUAUUAUACCCCAUCAAGACUACAUGUAUUGUUUCCACAAACAUCUCCUUUAUGUUUCCGGGGCUGUGGCCUCACAGGUACUUUGGUUCAUAUAUUCUGGGAUUGCCCGACCAUAUCUUUGAUUUGGUGAAAGAUAUCUGAGGUGGCUACCUCACUGUCGGGUAACCCAAUAUGAUUGUCCAUACAGACCUGUCUAAUGGGGGCCCAUAUCCCAGGGGUCUCUGAUGCCAAUCUGAGAUUGAUACAUACUAUAUGUAUUGCCACUUUAUGGUCUAUUGCCUUACAUUGGAGGUCCAAAGCUGUACCCUUAGCCUCCAUUUUACACAGAAUUUAUGCCGUAAUGCUCAUGGAACGCAUUCAUUAUACCCUACUGAAUAAGAUGCACUUAUAUGAUACAAAAUGGGAGUCAUGGAGAGAUUGU